GCUACAGAGAGAAGUGUGCAGUCACGUUAUUAAGAAGAGUUUUUCUGUUUUGUUGUUAUAAAGCAGCCACAGUCACUUCAGCAUUGUACUGUGUAGCGACCGUAACUCUGCAAAGCUGGAAAUGAAUGCGGUCCCCCCGCUCAACGAAGGAGUCCCGGUUUUCGUUUUUGUGUGUUCUACAAUUAAACCAGAGGCCCUCUACCACGGUUCGGGGUCAGCAAGCUGGUGCAAUCUCGGCUCCCUUUAGAAUAAAGGUGGGUCGCUAUUGGACAGGCGGCGCCACUCGUCUUUACUCCACGUCCAAUGGCUCCUCUGACGUCACGACGCUUCACACGUCCUCGCCCCAGCUUCGUGACGCAGUCCAAGCUCUUCCUCCUGGGCGUCAUCCUCCCCUGGGCUGUUCCGGAUGAGACGCUCCAUCCCUCCGCCCCUCUGAUCCUCUUAUCAGCGAGUAAGCGGCCAAGAUGGAUGUUGUAAACCAGUUGGUGGCCCAAGGCCAGUUCACAAUAAUCAAACAGCCACUGGGAUUCAUAAAAGUUCUACAAUGGAUCUUUGCAAUCUUUGCCUUCUCCACAUGUGGCAGUUACUCUGGCAUGUUCAAGUUGAGCGUGGAGUGUAAAAACCGGUCGGAGAGUGACCUAGGCAUAGAAGUAGAAUUUGAAUAUCCCUUCAGGCUCCAUCAGGUGUACUUUGAUGCCCCCACCUGUAAGGGAGAGAACUCUGAGCGUCUAUUCCUGGUCGGGGACUACUCUUCCUCAGCUGAGUUCUUUGUCACCAUCGCUGUCUUUUCCUUCCUCUACUCUAUGGCAGCUCUCUCUGUAUACUGUUUCAUACUGGAGAAGUACCGGGAAAACAACAAGGGGCCCCAAGUCGACUUUGUUGUGACAGCGGUGUUCGCCUUCAUGUGGCUGGUGUCCUCGUGUGCUUGGGCAAAAGGUUUGUCAGAUGUGAAAACAAACACUGAUCCAGAGAAGGUCAUUUCUUACAUCUCAGCCUGUGAAGAACAAGAGAAUCGCUGCCGUGAAGUUCAUGACCCCAAGGUCUCUGGCCUCAACACCUCUGUGGCUUUUGGCUUCAUCAACUUGAUCCUGUGGAUAGGAAACCUGUGGUUCGUGUUCAAAGAGACCGGCUGGUUGGCUGCCUUCGCUGGAACAUACGCCCCAUCACAGGAAAAGCAGCCUGCCCCUGAUUCCUUUGCCCAGGGUGGCUACGGUGAGCAGGACCCCUACGCCGGCUCCCAGGGAGGUUACCAACCCGACUACGGCCAGCAGGGAGGCUACAGCGAGGAUGGAGGCUACAACCAGGGCUAUGAGCAGCAGCCCACUUCAUUCUCUAAUCAAAUGUGAGCCUGUCCAGUCAAACUACAGCGGCAGGAUGGGUUACCUUGUGACUAUGGAGUGUGGCUCUCGAC